AUGCCACCCAAGGCCAACACCCGCUCGACGGCUAUCAAGAGGAUCUUGCAGGAACAUAAAGAGUUUCUCCUGGAUCCUCCAGAGGAUUUCGUGGCCGCACCCUUGGAGGAUGAUCUGUUCGAUUGGCACGUUACGAUGAAGGGUGCGGAGGGUAGCGAUUAUCAAGGAGGAAUCUACCACGCCCGCGUGAUCCUCCCUCCCACCUACCCUCUCUCCCCACCAGACAUCCAGAUCCUGACCCAUUCGGGGAGGUUCGAGACGCAAAAGAACAUCUGCAUCGAUGGCGUCACGAGUUUCCAUACGUCAUCAUGGAGACCGAUCUGGGGGAUCAGGACCGUCGUCGUGGGCUUGGGUGGAUUCUGGAAUGCGACGGGGCCCGAGGCCGAGUCGGGCUAUGGGGGUCUGAAAGUGGGAGGAGAGGAGAGGAGAAGGUUGGCUGGGAUCUCGGGAGCGUACGUCUGUCCGACUUGUGCCCGCUCCAACCGGGAUAUCAUGAGAGACCACGAGGAAGCUUUGAAAAGCAAGAAG